AUGGAGACAUACGGAAAAAAUAAAAAACUUAUGAAAUUAAAUUUACCUACAACUUUAACUAUUAAUGGAGUAGAAGCAGGAGAAAAGUUUAAGAAUUGCAUAGACUCUUACAAUAAUGUCUAUUACAAUUUCUUACUUAACUUUGACUUCGCUAACAAUAUUGACAUAAAUAGUGGUAAAGUAUUAGGUGUUUGUUGUGAUAAUAUAAAAUGUUCUCCAGUAGUAUUUGGAGUAGCUUGUCCUGCUGGCAAUAAAGGAUUUGCCUGUAAUAAACUUAAUCAAGAAAUAUUUUGUUUUAAUAUAGGUUGUGGAGGUAUCAUUGGCAAUAAUUUAAUUACCGGUAGCACUACUUUGGUUGAAAUACCAACUACUACUACUCAACAAGUAACUUCUGCUACUGCUAUCAAUAAUUCUCCUAAUUCCAUCACCCCUACUCCAACUCCUCUUUCCGAUGAUAACUCUCAUCUUACCGAAAAAAUUGCUAUUCCUAUUGGUGCUACCAUCGGAGCUAUUACAGUUGGUGGAAUAACUUACUAUUUAAUCCAGAAAAGAAAAAAUAAACCUCUCCUUGUCUCUGGUAACACGGAACAAGAAGUAACAAAUAACCAAAAUGAAAAAGAUUUUAGUGAAGUAAUCGCUUCAACUUCUCAAAAUAAAGAAUUACCUAUUUUACCAGUGCAAGGUUUAAAUUCUCAAACAAAAAACGAUGAACUAACCCAAUUAAUUCAGCAAACUAAAGAAAAAAUAGGUGUUAAUUUAAUACUUGCUUUAGAAACUUUACUUGAUACCCAAAUUGAAAUUACUCAGGGUAAUAAUAAUUUUGCUAUUCGUCAACUCCAAAGAGAAGCUAAAGAAAAAUUACAAAGCAAACUUAGUUUAGAGGAAAUCAACAAUCUUUGUCAAUUACAAAGUGAACAAGUAUUUUUGGAUGGUGAAAAAGCAGGUAAAUUAGAAGGGAAGGAACUAAAUAUCGAAAACUUUGAUAAUCUUGAAUAUAUUUGUGUUAAAAACUUACCAGAUUUAAUAAAAAUAACAAUAAAAAAUUGUAACAAAUUAGAAACCCUUGAAUAUCAUUUAGAAAAAAAAUUAGAAGUAAUUUUGGUUAACUCUACUUUAGAGAUCAUUAAAUCUAGUAACAUUAAUAAAAAACCAGUUGUUGUUUAUCAGGCAAAGGUUGAAACUUAUCUCCAACAAAAAUAUCCAACUGAACAAGCCAAAGCAGAAAUAACAAAGUUAUAUAUAGUUGACAAAGGCUUAGAAGGAAAUUUAGACUUAACUGAUUUUCCGAAUUUAGAGAAAUUAUAUCUCUAUAAUAAUUGCCUCACUAAACUAAAUUUAAAUAAUUGUAAGAAAUUAUGGAGAAUUAAAUGCUCUAAUAACCAACUCACUAAUCUUAAUUUGAGCAAAAUCACCACUGAACAAUUACGAGAACAAUUAAAACUCUUAGAAGCAGAAAAAGCAAGGUUAACUAAAAGAAUAGUUGAUUUAGAAACCUUAACUGCUGAAAGUGAAAGGUUAGUUAAAGAACAAAAAGAAAAAAUAGUUAAAGAUUAUUUACUUUUUACCGAAGAACAAGAACAAAUGCUCCAAAAACUAAUUUCAUAUGACAGUCUUUAUUAUAAAUUAGAAAAUAAAAAGUUCACUAGAACAGUAGAAAUCAUUCUUAAUAAAUUUGAAGAGUUGUAUCAUCACGAAUUAACCUUAGAAAGACAAAAUAAAGAAAAACAAAAUCUACCUCAACAAAUAACUAAUAUUGAAAAAUCUAUUAGUGAAAUGAAAAGAGAUAUCAAAUUACUUGAAGUUAACCCUAGUCAAGUAGUAAAUAACUACAUCACUACUGGUGAUAUUUUUUUAGCAUCAUCAUUAAGUUUUUGA